AUGUCGGUGUCGAGCAGCCUGCUAUACUCCGCAGCUCAACCUACGAGCUUCACCCCCUGGAACAUCAGCUUGAGUUUUAUCACGAUCUGGAUAAUACGACUCUUCUACCGGGUCAACCGAUCUGCAGCUAGAAAGCGGGACUACAGUCGAUUUUCCGACAGCAACAGGUGUGCUCCAACGACCGCAAUGCCCAAAAUUUUUCUAGGUUCCAUCAGGCACAAGGUCAACCUGCUACUGUAUCCAGGAGGAGAUCUUCUCGAUAAUGUAUAUGCAACCAAAUUCAAGAAAUAUGGCUCUACACACGCACUCUACGACCGGUACGGAGUGCCAGUGGUGAUCCAUACAACUGACCCCGUCAAUCUCAAUGCCGUCCUCAGCAAGUCAUCAGCACAUUGGGGCCCAUCAAAGAGCCGAGCUUGUACAAUGUAUCCGCUGGCCCAAGAUGGGCUCUUGAACUCAGAAGGGGAAGCAUGGCAUCGCAAUCGGAAGCUGAUUUUGAGGCACCUUCAUAAUAAGCACAUCAAAGACGUUAAGAAUGCUGAGGGCGAUAUUGAACUUCUGUUCGAUGCCAUUGGCCCGUUCAAGCAGGAUGGUUGGACUGGGGUUGUUGACUUGCUCGAUCUCUUCCAUCGAAUGUCGCUCGACAUCUCUACUAGCUUCCUACUUGGCACCAGCGCCAACUCUCAAGUCAACGGAAUGCGUAACGUAACAAUCCAAGCUGCGAUCGAUGAGUUCGGCUUGCGCCGCGGCAGGAUGGACAGCAAAAUGAGCUACGACGAAGCUUAUGAAAUUGUUCGCCAUUACUAUUCCAUGCGCUCAAAGCUUGGCUCGAAAUACUGGAUGGCAGAUAGUCUCACGGUAUGUGUUGUAACGAUGUAGUCUUUCCAACGCUGUACUGACUCGAAAUAGUACCGUCAAGCCUGUGACACGCUGAACUCGUUUGCGGAUGACCUGAUCAAGCAAGCGAUUGCAAGGUCAAAGAGAGCGGCCAACACUUCAGACGAGCCAAGCAGCCGGUUUGGACUGAUAGACAGUCUCAUCAAAGAGAUUGGAGACCCAGUCCAGAUCCGGAAUCUGGUCAUGGAUCUCUUCAUUGCAGGACAAGUAUGCUAUCCGUGCAUCUGCGUGAUCGAACAGCGACUAACACGUAGCAGAACAUGUCAGGCACGAUGGCCGCAUGGGUAUUUGCCCAGCUCGAGGCUCAUCCCGAUAUCUUCCAACGAGUGCGGGACGAGGUUCUAGAGAAGUUCGGCACCGAGCAAGAGCCUCUUUCGCCCAUCACUUGGGAUGGCCUUCGCUCAUGCACAACUAUGCAGCACGUCAUUCUCGAGACUCUACGGAUGUACCCACUUCUCGCCAACAUUGGCCGCAAUGCCAAAUGCAAUACAGUCUUGCCCCGAGGCGGCGGUAAGGAUGGCAUGCAGCCUAUCGCCGUACCUAAGGGAGCAGCAGUCACAUGCAACAUCUACUUGGUCCAUCGCAGAGAAGCAGAGUGGGGACCAGACGCCUGGGAAUUUCGUCCAGAUCGUUGGGUAGACAAGAAGCUGGGUCCAGAAUAUGCGCCAUUUGGUGCAGGUCCGCGAGUGUGCAUUGGUCGUAAGUCUCUCCCCUGCAGCAGUGGAUUCGCGCAACAGGAUCCAGCUAAGAUCUCGCAGAGCAAAUGACCAUGUCCGAGAUUUCCUAUUUGCUUGCCCGAAUGAUGCAGCGCUUCAGCGAGAUUAAGGCGCCUGAAGGACAGGAUAAUUUAACGAAGGGUUACAGAGUUGUAAUUGCGCCUAAGAACGGUGUCAAGGUCAGGCUACGGCGGGCGGCCUAA